GCUCUCUGGACCUCUGCCAUGGAUGAGUUUGACUUUAGCACUCCGCCGCCAGAGGAGCGGGUCAGCCAUAGUCAUACGCUAACCGAUGAGCAAAGCAAGGAUUGCACUACGGUCUUCGAUAUGUUCGAUCCGGAGAAUACGGGAGUUCUGCCACUGAAACAGAUAAAGUACCUAAUGCGUGCCUUGGCCGUCUUUCCCACGGAUUUGGAGCUGAGCGAUAUCUAUGCUGAAAUCGAUACGGACGGAUCCGGCGAUAUGUUGCGGGACGACUUUCUAUACAUCAUGUCCAAGAUGUACAAGGAUAUGACACCCGAGGACGAGAUUAUUGCUGCAUUCAAGGUGUUCGAUAAGGAGGGAACUGGCGUUAUAGCAGAGACGGAGUUCCGUCACAUAAUGACUAAUUUGGGUGAGAAAAUGACGGAGGACGAGAUCGAGGAGAUCAUACGUGACGCAGACUCCGAUACGGAGGGCAACAUCGACUACGUACGCUUUGUGACUAUGAUGUCCGAGAGAUAAGAACUGGGCAGGCGUUCCUGGAACAUCGAAACGGAUCGGGAGAGG